CGAAGUUAGCAAAAAAUAUAUAUUUGGAUAUGUUUUUAUCCCUUUGGACGUUUUUCAUAAAUGAAGUCACAAAUAGUUUAAAAUGUUCGUGUUGGGCUGCUCUUAAUAUCGUUUUCUCACUUGGAGUUUACAAACUACAAUCAAAGCAAACAUCUUAUUUGUAGCUGAAGUUCCGACUUCCAGCAUAACAACAACGUUGUUUCAGCACUUUGAAAAGCGGUAAGCACCAUGGCCAAUUUGGAGCAGUGGGUGAAUGACCGUCUCCAUGACAUCCUCGGGUUGAGUGACAGAUAUGUGUCUCAAUUCAUGAUUGGGACUGCUCGGAGAGCAUCGAGCUCUCAAGACUUUGUGUCUCGUCUUCAACAGACAGGCACGAUUGACAUUGACCAGAGUGUCAUUGCCUUUGCGGAGGAACUCUUCGACAAGAUUCCUCGCAAGCAGGUUGUUGAAAAACCAGCCCGGGCGAUGGAGCGGGAAGCCAUUGAAAUGGAUAGGAAAAACCGCACGUACACCUUACUGGAGGACAGUGACAGUGAUGGAGAUGCUGUCAAAGACAAGCAGAAAGGGAAGAAGAAAAGCAAAGACAAGGACAGAGGAAACAAGAGGAAACACUUAAGGCAGAAAAAACAGAGCGAGUCAUCAAGCGAAGAGGAAGUGCCUAAAAGGAGUAAUUCAGACCAUAAGUCUGCCCAGAAAGUAGAAGAUGAAGAGGAAGAGUGGGAGAAGGAAGAGAGAGAGCGACUGCAGGAUAUCGAAGAAAGAGAUGCGUUUGCUGAGCGAAUGAAGCUGAAAGACAAAGACAAGACCCGCAACAUUGCAGAGAGGACUGAUAAAAAGGCAUAUGAGGAGGCUCAGAAGAGACUGAAGAUGGCUGAAGAGGACCAGAAGAAUGUAUUGCCAGAGUUGAGGAAACGAUCUCGCUGGGACUAUCUAAAGAAGAGAGAAGCAGAGAAGCUGGAGGACCUAGAGGCAGAAAUCGCUGACGAGGAGUACCUUUUCGCUACAGACAACAUGACUGAGAGGGAGAAAAAGGAGUUGGAAUACAAACGCACCCUCCGCGACUUAGCUAAAGAUUACAAAAAGGCUGGUGCCAAGGAACACGAAGAAAGGAAGAACAGAUACUACAUGCCUGAAGAGAAUAGAAGCAAGGAGGUGCCCCAGAGGGACCUGGAGCUGGAGGAAACUCCUAUGGAACUGGGAGGAGAGCAGGGCCGCUGGGAGGAGGAGAGGCUGAAGACGGCCUCCCUCAGCUUCGGCGCCAAAAAGGAGCGAGAACUAGGGUUGAGACACGAACAGGAGAAAUACCAGCUGAUCCUGGAGGAGGACGAGAUGAUCAACUUUGUCAGCACUGCCAUUACCAUGAAGGGAACUCGAAAAGAGCAGGAAGAGGAGGCUCCAUCUGUCUCCCAGGCUGAGAUGAACAAACAGUCCAUGCAGGAGGUCCGACGCAGCUUGCCCAUCUUCCCCUACAGAGAGGACCUGCUAGCUGCCAUCCACGAACACCAGAUCCUGGUCAUUGAGGGGGAGACGGGCUCUGGCAAGACCACCCAGAUCCCACAGUACCUCCUGGAAGAUGGAUACACUAAAGGAGGCAUGAAGAUCGGAUGCACACAGCCUCGCAGAGUUGCAGCAAUGUCAGUGGCUGCAAGAGUGGCACAGGAAAUGAGCGUCAAGCUUGGUAAUGAGGUGGGUUAUAGUAUCCGCUUUGAGGACUGCACAUCUGAGAGAACGGUGCUCAAGUACAUGACAGACGGCAUGCUGCUCCGAGAGUUUCUCACAGAGCCCGAUCUGGCCAGUUACAGUGUGAUCAUCAUAGAUGAGGCCCACGAGCGAACGCUCCACACAGACAUCCUGUUCGGUUUGAUUAAGGACAUCGCCAGGUUCAGACCAGACUUGAAGGUGCUGGUGGCCAGCGCCACUCUGGACACUGAGCGCUUCUCCUGUUUCUUUGACGACGCACCCGUCUUCAGGAUCCCUGGCAGGAGAUUCCCUGUUGAUAUCUUCUACACUAAAGCUCCUGAGGCAGACUAUUUGGAGGCGUGUGUGGUGUCAGUGCUACAGAUCCACGUCACCCAGUCUCCUGGAGACGUUCUGGUCUUCCUCACUGGACAGGAAGAGAUUGAGGCGUGUUGUGAGCUUCUCCAGGAGAGAUGCAGGCGGCUUGGAUCAAAGAUUGCAGAGUUGCUGGUGCUGCCGAUUUACGCCAACCUGCCGUCAGACAUGCAGGCAAAAAUCUUCAACCCUACUCCACCCGGUGCCCGUAAGGUGGUGGUGGCUACGAAUAUCGCAGAAACCUCGCUGACCAUAGAUGGCAUCAUCUAUGUCAUUGACCCAGGCUUCUGCAAACAGAAGAGUUACAACGCCCGCACCGGCAUGGAGUCACUCAUUGUCACGCCCUGCUCUCGGGCUUCAGCCAAUCAGAGAGCAGGCCGUGCAGGCAGAGUGGCUGCAGGGAAGUGUUUCAGGCUUUACACAGCGUGGGCUUUUAAACAUGAGAUGGAAGAAACGACUGUGCCUGAGAUUCAGAGGACCAACUUGGGCAAUGUCGUCCUGCUGCUUAAGAGUUUAGGUAUCAACGACCUCAUUCAUUUUGACUUCAUGGACCCCCCUCCUCAUGAGACUCUGGUGUUGGCACUGGAGCAGCUCUAUGCCCUCGGAGCACUCAACCAUCUGGGAGAGCUCACAAAGCUGGGACGCAGGAUGGCUGAGCUGCCAGUGGAUCCCAUGCUGAGCAAGAUGAUUCUGGCCUCUGAGCAGUACAAGUGUUCAGAGGAGGUGUUGUCAAUAGCGGCCAUGCUGUCGGUGAACAACUCUAUUUUCUACCGGCCCAAAGACAAAGUGGUGCACGCCGACAAUGCCAGGAUGAACUUUGUGGUGCCAGGAGGAGACCACCUGGUGCUGCUCAACGUCUACAAGCAGUGGUUAGAGAGCGGCUACUCUACACAGUGGUGCUACGAGAACUUCAUCCAGUUCCGCUCCAUGAGAAGAGCCCGAGACGUCAGGGACCAGCUGGAGGGUCUAAUGGAUCGCAUCGAGGUGGAGGUGGUCAGCUCCGACGGAGACAGCGUGCCAAUUCGCAAGGCCGUGACUGCAGGAUAUUUCUAUCACACGGCACGACUGAGUAAAGGCGGCUACAAGACAGUGAAGCAUCAGCAGACAGUCUACGUUCAUCCCAACAGCUCUCUGUUUGAAGAGCAGCCGCGCUGGCUCAUCUACCACGAGCUGGUCUUCACCACCAAGGAGUUCAUGAGACAGGUGAUUGAGAUAGAGAGCGGCUGGCUGCUGGAAGUGGCUCCUCACUACUACAAGAGCAAAGAGCUGGAGGACAGCAGCAGCAAGAAGAUGCCUCGCAAGCAGGGCAAAACAAAAGAGGAGCUGGGCUGAAGGGAAAACCAUCACUCAGGGGACAGAUGGCAAAAAUAAAAAGUACAGGGGCACACUCCGUCCUUUUCUCAGGGCAGGGUUAAAAGUAGGAGGAGAAAUGAUGUUGAAAGUUUUGAAAUUGCAUAAAAAUAAAGUGGAAAAGUGUUGAAAAUGUAGCUGUUUGGUACCAGUUCGGCACAUAAAUGGCCUGUCUUUCACAAUGUGAAAUUGUUGUUAAAAUGUUUCUGCUGUAGCUUGAUAGGGCAUUUUUAACAGUGCCCACAACAGCGUCAGCAUUGAGUUUCUACCAGAUUGGACACAGGACAUUUGGUAAAUUGUGAAUGGCAGACAUUCACACUCUGACAGACACACGGGUCCGUAAAGAAGUGUGUCACUAACACACACCAGCUGUGUCAGCUGGGCAGCAACAGGGAAACAUUAAUGCUCUUGGAUCUGAGUUUCCUGCAUCAACAGCAGCAGUGCAGACUCAGCGGGUGGGGGUUUUUCAGUUUCAUUAAUGAAGGUGAGACUCUUGGUUUAUUCUGCAGGUGCUUUUUGAGCGCUCACUGGACCGUUUGUUGACAUACUUUUGAAUAGAGGGCUUUGUCAGAUUCUUCAUUUGUGAAAGCAGCACGCUGUUAAAUUGUGUAAAUGGACCAUUACUGAGAAGUCUCCACCAAGCUGUAAAGACUAAUAAUGAGUUUCAGUUGUGUGAGAGGCUGCCUACAUUGUUUAUUAUCCUUUUUCUAUGGCAAUAAAGUUUUGCAACCAUAA